AUGGUUGUAAGCUUGGGAAACCUAGCGUUACUACUCGACAUUUCUUCACCGCGAACCUUAUCUCUCGAUAGAAAGCCUCGUCUUAUUGGCGUAGACGCAAUUCUCACCUUACCUUCUUCUUCUUCUACUUCCUCCUCCUCUUGCGGUUGUAGUUAUGGAUACGACGGAGGGCGCGUGGUGGUGGCGCGUGGGAAGUCGAACUCAGAGCAGAACGGGGUUGAUUUUGACGCGAGUGAUGAGGAAGGAGGGGCUGGGGAUGGGGAUGGGGAUGAUUUUGAGAAGAGGAUCAGGAUGAGAGUGAGGGAGUUUGAGGAGAGGAGAGAGCUUGAGAAGAAAGCUGAAGAAUAUUUGCAGAGUGAGACAAUCGAUUAUGGAGAUGAAGAGAUUAGUGAGGAAGAGAAGAGGAUGAGAGUUAGGAAAGAGCUCGAAAAGGUGGCUAAGGAGCAGGCCGAGAGGAGAGCCAUGGCUCAGUUGAUGUUCGAUUUGGGUCAGAAAGCUUACGGGAGAGGCAUGUAUGGACGUGCCAUUGAAUUUCUCGAAGGUGCGCUCACUAUCAUACCAAGACCUACAUUAUUCGGUGGCGAGAUACAAAUAUGGCUAGCCAUGGCUUAUGAGGCCAAUUAUCGCCAUAGCGAUUGCAUUGAUCUAUACAAGCAAUUAGAAAAGUCACACCCUAGUGUUAGCAUCCGGCGCCAAGCUGCCGAGCUUCGUUACAUUUUGCAAGCACCAAAGCUCAAGAUAACCCAAGAGGAGAUGGUCACUAUACCUUUGAUUGGUGACAGUUAUGACAGUUAUGCGGGAACAUGGAGCGAUAAAAACAAAGAUAGAAAGAGUGGAACAGUGAAUACUCCAUUUCCAUCAUCAAAAGAUAACCUUUUGGAUUCUCUUGUGUGGAGCCCUCCUACUGGAUUAGGGAAAAACCGAGCAUUCUGGGUUGGUUUAACAAUAUGGUUGGGAUUAGUAGGUGCUGCUCUCUACAUUCAAAGAUGA